AUGCCGCCCAAAAAGCGCCGUGUCUCUACAACUUCUCAUGCCGACUCCGAACAACAAACCAAAUCCUCAAAAGGAGAGCAAGAGCACGACCAGCCAGAAACACAUACCAAGCUCACAUCCUACCGCCUCGACCACGUCUACCGCCUCAUCGAACCCGGGCCCGUCCUGCUCGUAACGACCGGUUCUUUAAAAGAUGGCACACAUAAUAUCAUGACGAUUGGCUUCCACAUGAUGAUCCAGCACUCUGGCCCUGCUCUGAUCGGAGCUUGCAUAGGCCCCUGGGACGCAAGCUACUCUCUCCUGAAGCAGAAUAAGGAGUGCGUUCUCGCGAUCCCGAGCGUUGAUAUGGCGGAAACGGUAGUGGAUAUUGGGAAUUGUUCUGGCGAGGAGGUAUAUAAAUGGACUAAGUUCGGGUUGGAAGCUCUUCGUGCGAGUAAGGUGAAGGCGCCGCUGGUGGGGAAUGCUUCUGUUAUUGCGAAUGUGGAGUGUGUGGUGGAGGAUACUAAGUUGGUUGGGGCAUAUAAUCUAUGGGUACUAAGGGCUGUUAAAGCGUGGAGUAAUCCGGAUGAGAAGAAGGGGAGGGAAGGUGGGAAAAUGUUUCAUCAUCGAGGUGAUGGGACAUUUGUUGUUGAUGGGGAGAAGUUAGAUUUGAGAGAGAGGAUGGUUAAGUGGCAGGAGUUUCAGGAUUGA